GACUGAAAUGGAGUCGGGGGGGGGGGGAUUAUUGUAACCCCGUUACAAAACUCGGAGCCCCUCCCUCCCCUGAGACAGGCCCCUUGGUGCCCCAGCGAUGGGUGAAUCUCCCCAGCCCUGAACGGCUGCUGGGGCCCUGUUUGCUCCGUCAGAGACACCUGCUCUGAAAGGGGGCAGGAUCCUGUUCUCCUGAACAGCCCCGAGUGUGACCCGCUCACACUGUCUCCCAAUGCACGUGUGCCAGGCAGCCUGAGUAACCUGCUCUUGGUGUAGUCUGUGUGUGUGUGGGGGGGGUUACAGUGAGAUCAGUCUGCUCAGAUUUCAUUUCUGUUCUGUAUAAAUAGGCUUGGACGAAUUAGAUCUUUUUAGGGUAAACGUCACUUUCACCCUAUACACACAAACAGAUGGAAAAGUAUUUCCAUGGAUAAUAAUCAAAAUGACCAGAAAGGCAGAGUCGGGAAAAUGCUGCUUGAGAACUUCUUUAAAGUUUGAUUUAAGGAGAGUUGCUUGGUAUGUUUUGACAUGUGAUGCUGACAGUGUGUGUGUUUCAAUGGUUAUAAACCUUUAACUUUUUAAUCCCAAUAUCUAUAGCCAUGAAAUAAUUAUUACCUGACCCACCCUGUAAUUUCCUGCAACGGUGAAAAUUUAAAUCAAUAAAAAUAAAAAGGAAACCCUUAAAAAUGGACAUUGAUAUUAUCCGUUGACAUAAUUAAAGAGAGAAAAAAAGAAAUUCUGCCAGGCCUAUAUAUAAAUAUAGCAAUACAAUCACUACUAAUCUAGUCCCUUUACUCUCCAUUAAUCAAAUAUUGCGCUAUAACUUUUCAGAUUUUUUCUCUUUUUUCCACUUGCCAGAUUUUGAUAUAAAAUCCUCUCAAAUUUUGUUCAAUUUCUCUUAUUUAUAGAUUAAUAUAUUAUCUGCUAAUUUAUUUCUCUAAAUACCCACGAUUAAGAAAAUUAAUUGACUUCUCCUUUCUAAUUAACUUACAUGUGAAUCAUUUCCAUAUUUUCUCUCUCAGUUAUGAAAUAGGGAUAUAAAAUCUCCUCAAAAUUCACUGAUGUUUGCACUCUAAUUUUUGAAUUAUAUAAGAUUUCCUCAAUUUGGGAGGAGAAAUAUUGCCCUGAGUCAUUGAUUUGAUUACAAGAAGAAAUUAUCAGGUACUCUAAAGGCCUCUUGAAUUCUAGCAGAGAAAAGCGUAAGGAGAAAGAUUAGCUGAAAAUGAAAGCCAGAGAAAUACAAAUGGAAAAUUAGGGUGAUUAACUACUGAAAAAACUAACAAGGGAAGCGGUGGAUUUUCCAUCUCUUAAAUUCAGCACUGGAUGCUUUGGUACAUGUGUUUUAAUCCAACACAAGUGACAGGGCUCAGUGCAGGAGUAACCAGAUGAAUUGAGCUGGAUUGUAUCAUACAGGAGGUCAGACUAGAUUUUCUAAAUUCAAUGGUCUCUUCCACUUCUGGCCUUAAAAAUCCAUAACACCACAUGGGGAUUGGGUGGGUGGGAGAUUAAACUCCCCAAUGAUAAACUUUCCCCUGAUAUCUGCGAAUCAAGUUGUUUCCCCCAUAUUUAAUGAGCCUCCCUCAGCUAAGGGACCAGUGUCACCCAGAUACUGAUGGGGAAAUCGCCGAGGGCUAGAUGUACCAAGGGAUUUAGGCAUUACAAGAUCAGCAGAGCAGCACCUUUUGUUUAGAUACCCUGCCUCCUAGUGGAAUCCACAACCCUGAGUUAGGCUCCCUAUAUUCUCCCUGGGCAGAGCUAAGCACCUAAAAAUGGGAUCCACAAAACACAGCAUGCUGACCAGGGAGCUGCCUGAGCUAGCCAAUGGGAAAUGCUGAGGAGAGGGGUGGGUCAUAUGCCCCUGCCCCUCAAAGGGACAUAGGUGGCUAUCUCUGCUUGGUCACUUUUCACUGUGAACCCUCUCCUGGAGUUUGGUGCAAAAGGCUUUGGGGUUUUCCAAGGUACGUCUCAGUCUCUCCCGCUGAAGCUGUUCCACCGUGUAUAAAUGGUUACACAUAUGUUGGGUAAGAAGGAGUGAGACUGACUCCAGCCCUGGGGCAGGGCGCUCACCUGGGUUUUAGGAGACCCAGGUUUCAGGACCACUCUUCCAAUGUCUAUUUAGAUCUUUCUGUUUGGGCUGACCCAGCCUGUCUCCUUUGCGUACCUUUUCCUAGCAACAUUUAUUGUUAUCUGUGGUUGUAACUGUAUAUGAAUUUUCACUCUCUGUCUGAAAAUGGGGUUCCCCACUGGGGUAGGACUGCCUGAUCCCAGUGACUACAACACAUCCUGCUGGGGGAUGGGAACCCCGUUCAGAGAGGGGAUUUUCAGGGGUGCUGCUGGUGGGUUUGUGUUAGAAGGGCUGGAGCAGGAAAUACACAGGGCCAGGGAGGUGGUGACAGGAUGGGACAAGCCUGCUGGGAUGUCUUCAGUUUGUGGCAUAAUGUUCAGAACAGGAACUUUUGGGGGAUGGAAUAAAAAUUUCCCCAUUUCUGGAACGGGAAAGAAACCAACAGGGCUGGGAAAAUUGAUUGGACUUUCAGUGCUGGAGCCUGAACCCACUAGACAGAGGUUGCUCUGAAAUACAAAAGAGGCACCCAGGGGUGAGGUCCCGGGGAGGUGCCCCGUCCCCUGACCCCCAGCUUCUGGGAAUGGGGAGGGGGUUAGGAUUCCUGUCCCUGGACUCUGCUGAGGGGCUCCAUCUCCUGUAUCAGCCUCUGGCUAGCAGGUGUGUGAUAAAUGGGAAGGCCCCUGCCCUCCUCCAUCGGCUGGGAGGGACAAGGAGCUCUCUCUUUCUCCACGCAUGGAGCCUCCUGGCUGCUCUGAGCAGGGUGGGGGUGGGAUUCUAUAUCUCUGGUGCUUGUUGUUUCAGGAGCCGGUGACCUUCGAGGAGGUGGCUGUGUAUUUCACCCAGGGGCAGGGGCUCUGCUGGACCCCGGUCCGAGAGCCCUCUACAGGGACGUCAUGCAGGAGAACUAUGAGAUGGUGAACUCGCUGGGUGCAGUACACUGUGAAAUUAGAGUGAGAGAGAGGGUUUAAAAGAAAGAGGAGCCUCCAUGCUUGGAAAAUGAGGAGGAAUAUCCCAGUUCUAAUGGAUCAUGGAGCACCAGGGACACACUUCAGAGAAGGAAAAAUUACAGAAGGGGGGUGCUGGGAUGGUGAAUGAGAAUCCACAGUGGGAAGAUGGUGAGGAUGUGGAUCUACAAGGAACGGUAUUGGGAAGAUCUGAGGGGGAUUUUUAUGAGAAUCGUGUACAAGGAAAAGCCUGUGGAAAUCAACGUAAGUCGGAGAGGCUGCUGGGAUAUGGCCUAGGGAAGAAAAUGUGUGAACCCAUAAAUCAUGGUGGAGAUUGCAAGGAUCUCAAGGAAACCACAGCCCAGCAGAGAAUCCCCACAGAAGAGAGAAAAAACACGUGCACCGAGUGUGGGAAAAGCUUCAGUCGAAGUUCACAUCUUAUUUCCCAUCAGAGGAUCCACACAGGAGAGAAACCCUACAAGUGCCUAGUCUGUGGGAAAGGUUUCAAUCAGAGCUCAAACCUUAUUUCCCAUCAGAGGAUCCACACAGGAGAGAAACCCUAUAAGUGCCUUAAUUGUGGGAAAGGUUUCAAUCAAAGUUGCCAUCUUAUUAGGCACGAGAGAACCCACACAGGGGAGAAGCCCUAUAAAUGCCUGGAAUGCGGGAAAAGCUUCAUUCAAAGCUCAGAUCUUAUUUCUCAUCAAAGAACCCACACGGGAGAAAGACCCUAUAAAUGCCUGGACUGUGGGGAAAGUUUUGAUUGGAACAUGCAGCUUGUUAGACAUCAGAUGCACCAUACAGGAGAGAAACCUUACAAAUGCCUGGAUUGUGGGAAGGGGUUUAGUGACAGUUCAGCCCUUAUUACUCACCAGCGACUGCACACAGGAGAGAGACCCUAUAAAUGCCUCGAUUGUGGGAGAAGAUUCAAUCGGAGCUCACACCUGACUCGACACAAGAGAACCCAUUCUGGAGACAAACCCUAUAAAUGCCCAGAGUGUGGGAAAAGUUUCAGUCAGAGCUCAUACCUUAUUUCACAUCAGCGAACACAUACAGGAGAGAAACCCUAUAAAUGCCUCGAGUGUGGGAAAAGAUUCAGUUGGAGCUCAGAUCUUAUUUCACAUCAAAGAACUCACACAGGAGAGAGACCUUAUAAGUGCCUAGACUGUGGGAAAAGUUUUAGUGACAACUCAGCCCUUAUUAAACAUCAGAGAAUCCAUACAGGAGAGAGACCCUAUAAAUGCCUUGACUGUGGGAAAAGUUUCAAUCAGAGCUCCACCCAUAUUCGACAUCAGAGAAUCCACACAGGAGAAAAACCUUGAAUGUGGAAGAAGCUUCAGUUGGGGUCAGCACGUAUGGGGCAUCAGCAAAUCCAUACAGGGAAAAGACCUCUUAAAUAUCUUAAGCAUGGACAAUGUUUCAAGUGGAACUGACAUUGGAGACUCCACACAAAAGAGAAAUUCUAUCAGUUCCAUACUAGGACUGGCCAUAGUUUAUUAAAAAAAAAAUCCAAUUCCCCUGCACACGUCUUUGACGUCUUUCAUGCUAAGUCAGACUCUUGAGGGCUGGAGAUGGAAAUGUCUCAGACCUGGAGGGGGGAUUUGUAUAAAUCCCAAACACAGCCUGAUACUUCCGAGCUUCAAUCCCUGGUUCUAUCUCUUGGUAAAUCUGCUUCUGUGCUGUUUCAUACCCAGCUCAGAUUGCAGAAGGGAAUUUGGGUUUUCUCCUUUCAUUAGGAUGAUGUUAAAACUUUUGUAAAUAAUGUGAUCAUAUAAGAAGGCUCCAAAUGAGGUAGGUUUUGGCAGUUUAGGGGAGACCAGGGGUUUACUGUCCUCUGGCUCAUAUUAACCUGAGCUUCCUGCUCUCAGGGCAUUUGCUCCUCUGGCUGGAUCCUGGUGUCUCUCAUGGAUUCACUAUGUUUUUCUACCCGUUGUCAACUGUUGCUCUUUUGCUGCUCUCUGGGGGAGCUGGGAGCAGAUGUGCUGGGUGGAUGCUGGAUUGAUAAGAAGAGCUGUGAACUAGGGAAAUGGGGUGAGAAGGUUGGAUGAGUCUUAACAAGAACCAAUAGUUGGAGAUUAAAGCCAGACAAAUUGUAAUUAGUAACAAGGCACAAUUUUUUUUUUAACAGUGAGGGUGAUCAACCUUUGGGACAAACUACCAAGGGAAGCGGUUCUCGAUUACAUCAUGUUCUCAGAUUAAGACUGGAUGCCUUUACUUGAAGAUUUGCUUUAGUCAAACACAGUCAAGGAAUAAAUGGUUAACAUUCAUCUGUGUUACACAGGUGUUCAAAGAAUCGAUGUGCCUAAAUGAUUAGUGCAGUCCUAUAAUAUUUGAUACUGGUUUAGAUUUGCAGUAAUAAGUCAUUCGGUUUUCCCUUUGUAAUAUACAUAUGGGAGGGCUUGGAAGGGUUAGAUUUUUAUCAGUAAAUGUUGGUAAACAUCGAUAUCAUGGCACACGUGCACAAACCAACAAAAAAUAGUUCCAUAGCUGUUAACUGAAAUUUAGAACUAGGCAAAGUAAGAAAACUGCCCCUUGAGAACUUCUUAGAGUUUGAUUUAAGGAGAUUUACAUGGUAUAUUUUGACACGUGAUGUUGAGAAUGUGCGUGUAACGGUUAUAAAGCUUUAACCAUUAAAAUCUCAACAUCUACUGUCAUUAAAGAUUUCAGAGUGGAAGCCGUGUUAGCCUGUAACAGCAAAAAACAAAAAAACGAGGA